CACGGUGUCCCCUCGCUGUCACAGCCUUCACAGCCCGUCACCCGUCGCAGCUGCUCCGCUCCUGUUACAUGUUCCUGUUCCAGCUGCCCUGGCUGCCCGAGCUGCUGCUGUCCCUGGCCGACUUCCAGCUGGUGCGGUGGUUCAUGACCAGCGCCCUGACCGGCAUCCAGGACCCGGCGCGGCGCCUCUCGGAGCAGGAGCUCGACGCCUUCCUGUUCGGCCUCUCCCAGCCCGGGGGGCUCAGCCCCCCCAUCCACUACUACCGAAACCUCUUCGGGGCCACGCCCAUCCCCCGGGAGCCGCCCCCUCCCCCCACGCUGCUGCUCUGGGGCUCCCGCGACGCCUUCCUGGACCCGCGCCUUGGCCCCGCCCACCUGCGCUGGCUCCGCCCCUCUGCCCGCCUCCGCCUCCUGCCCGGCGCCUCCCAUUGGCUGCCCGAGGAGACGCCCCACUCCCUGGCCAAGCUGAUUGGGGAGUUCCUGGGGGGAGGGGCCGAGGAGGGGUCGUAG